AUGUCCUCGCACCGGUCGAGUUCAAUGGAGGCCCAAGAUAACAUCAGGAAGCGAGUCUGUAAAGCUUGCGACCGCUGCCGAUUAAAAAAGUCAAAAUGCGACGGAGCCAGCCCAUGCAGUCGGUGUAAAGCUGACAACGCCAUUUGCGUCUUCGGAGAGCGGAAAAAGUCGCAAGACAAGGUCUAUCCAAAAGGAUACGUUGAAAUGCUUGAGCAGCAACAAACUCAACUCGUAGCGGGUCUCCGAGAACUAUACAGCCGGUUACAAAUGGGCGAGAGCUGGCCGGGACAACCAUUGCGCGAAUCGUCCGGAGGCCACCCGCUGACCCACGAUAUUCUUGAGCGGCUCGGACUCUUACAUCCAUUAGGGGAGAACAAUGGCAAUCACGAAGGAUUCGAGGAGGACUGUGGCCGAAUGCAACAGAAGUUGCUGGAACGAGGCGCGCCAUUCACUCGCAGGCGACGGUCCUUCAGCUCUGAGUCAGACCAUGGCCAUGCAUCCUCGAAUUCAUCAUCUGGCGGCACUCCCACCACGCGAUCAUUUGCUCUCGAUAACCCCUUCGCUCGACCCAAUGCGCCUCCAACACCUCCCAUGACCAGCCCGUUUCCCCGACAGUCGCAGAUCGUCUCACCAGUCAAGCAAGAAUCACCAAUGGUCUCGCCAACUUUCAUGAGCACAAGUGCGCUUGACCCGUCAACGCUUUCGCAGACCUCGUGGAUGAACGACUCCAUGAUGAUGGACGAGCCUAUGGACUUCAAGCCUAUGUAUGGAUUCGAGAACUUCUCAGGGUACGACCCAAUGAUGGACACCCUCGCCCUCAGCCCCAACGAUCCAAUGAUGCCGGAUUGGAAUAACAACACGGAACUGGACUUCGGUUCGUACAUACAAAACCCUGUAGGCGCAUGA